AUGGCCAACGACAACAAAAACCCCGAGGCACAGACUGUAGAGGUCGCAACGCCCGAAAAGGCGGCCACCCUUUCUACCGCCACAACUGUCUGCGUUUUGCCCGUCGACCUUGCCACUCCCCGCUCCGAGCGCAGCAGCAACCCCUUUGACACCGAUGUCGAGGCCGGUCUGAUCUCCCAAACCACAACGACAACCCGCAAGAGCUGCACCAUCACUAGAAAUGGCGAGUGCCAGGUAUGGCCAGGCAAGCAGCACUGGAAGGACAAGGCCAAGGACGCCAAGAUCAAGCGAAGCUGCACCUACAUGUCGAGACUCAACCGACGCCAGAAGAUUGCUGCCAAGGUUCUCCUAAUUGCCCUCAUUAUUGGCAUUGCCGUUGGCGUUGGCUUUGGCGUCAGCAAGCCGCUUGGCGCCCCGAUCUGGGGCAAGAAGGACCCCUGA